AUGUUCUUCGCUAGGCGAUCGGUGGCUUCGGCGCGGCUCCUACUGCGGAACCAGCAGCCCCGGCGAUUCGACUCGCACGCAGCUCACCAUGCCGAGCCUGUGAACGAGAGCUUCGGCCGCAGUUUCUACGUCACCUUCGGCACCUUCGCGUCCGCCUUCGUUCUGUACCAGGUGUCCAAGUCGAACGAUAACUCCGGCUCCCCUUCAUGGAUCACCAACCUCAUCCACAAGUGGACUCCGGACGAGAAGAUCUUUGAGCAGAGAAAUGCCAUCCACACGGCCGCCAUGGAGAAGGUCGCUCAUGACCGUCACUUGUUCGCGAGUCAGGGUCCUCGCGAAUUCAUUGAAUUGAAGCAGCCUGAGGUCAGCUUCAGCGCCGUCGCUCCUUACAAUGUCGCCCCCGGCCAGAGCGCCGAUCUGAGCCAUGUUGUCGCUCACUACCAGCGCCAGAAUCAGGAAAUGGAGGCCUCCCGUGUGGCCCGGAUGCAGGACGGCAAGGUCGUGUCUCUUUAUGAGUAG